AUGGUACCCCGUCGACACCAACCACAACCACGCCAGCAGCAGCAACAACCACAGCACCCACACCCACCACAGCUACACCCCCACCCGCACUCCCACCCGCAGCACCCCUACGCCCAACCUACAACCCCCCAGCACCAGCACCAGCACCAAUGGCCAACAACAUACACCACCUUCGACAUCCCCGCGCCGGCGUCCUCCCCGCGCUGGCCCCCCUCCACACCCACCUCCACCAGCACCUCCACCUCCGCCGCCGCCGCCGGGGCAAGCGCAGACCUGCUGCUGGUGUCGCUCGCAGAGUCGUACCUUGAGGCUGCGCAUGCGGGGGGGUACCGCGCCGCCGCUGCGGGUGGUGGUGGCGGGGAGAGGGAGUAUUAUGCGCUUGUUGCGACGGGGCUGCGGUGUUUUGAGGCGGCGCUGGGAGGUGGGGGACGGCUGCAGCCGAGGAUGGAGGCGCUCGUGAGACUUAGGUAUGCCGGGGUGCUGCAUGAGGAGACGGAGAAUGGGGAUGAGGCGGAGGGCGCGCUGAAUAAGGGGAUUAUGUUGGCGCAGAGAAACAGUCUCAUGGACCUCAAGCACCGCAUGCAGCACCUCCUAGCCCGCAUCAUGCUCCGCACCACUCCCAAGGCCUCCCUCAAAAUGCUCAACACCUGCAUCACCGAGUCCGAAACCCUCGACAUGCCGCACCACACCUACAGCUUCCGCUUCCUUCGCGUCAGCAUGCUCACCGACCCGACCUCCCCCAUCCACGACAUCGCCUCGGCCAUCACAACCCUCCAAAGGAUCUCCAACACAGCCCACGCGCGGCGCGACCUCUCAAUCUUCUCCCUGGCCAACCUCAUGGAGGCCAUGAUCAGCCUGCAGGCAGGGACAGACGGCGUCGAGGCGGCGCAGCGCGCGCUCGCAAAGGCAAACAGCAUCCAGACCGAGGCCGACGAGCCCGUCGCGCAGCUGGCCGUGCUGCGCCAGGUCAUGGAUAUUGUGUGUUCGCUGAUGCUCGGCCGCACGGCCGAGAGCGAGGCGAAGAUGAAGGUGCUGCACCACAUGCUCGACUCGAAGGAGCGCUGGGCGGCGUGGGCCGAGAGCGGCGAGUUUGUGAUUCCCGUGAAUCCGCCGAGGGUCGGGAGGCCCGUGGAGACGCUGGGCUUCACGUGGCUGACGAAGGAUGAUGUGUUUAUUGUGGGAUACUUCAUCAGCGGGCUGUGCAAGUUCCAGAAGAACGUGGACGAGGCCGGCAAAGCCGAGCGCUUCCUCCAGGAAGGGCUACGGAGCAUCGACCGUCUCCUCCAGCACCAGCCGGACUCCCCCUCCACAACCACAGCAGGCCCAUCGACGCUCGUGGCAGCCACAGAAAAGACAGUGUGGCGCCAGACCCUCCGCUGCUACAUCCAGCUCUACCACACCUUCCUCCUCUGCGUGCGCACCGAGUGGGACGGCGCCAUCAAGGGCUUCAACUCUCUGCGCGACGCCUUCUCCGCCCUCCCCACGCACCCCCCGCCGCUCAACGCCCUCAUCCUCUACCUACAAGCCACAAUCUACCAAGGCACCAACGCCCUCCCCCUUGCGCUCUCCUGCUACAGCGCCAUCACCGCCUCCCACGCGCCCGACUCGGAGCUCGCGCUCAUCAGCACGCUCAACAGCGUCCUCAUCCUGCGCGCCGCGGACCCCGUGCGCGCCGAGGCGCUGCUAGCCGGCGUCGAGAAGGCGUGCGGCGCGACAAAGAACGGGCUGCUGCGCGCGGCGUACACGUGUGUGAAGGCCACGGAGAGGGGCGAGCUGGUCAAGACGAAGAAUUGGCUGAGUGUGGCGCUGCAGCUGGCGACGCAGUGCGCGAAUCAGCAGAUGACGUAUAUUGUGCUCAACUUUAUGUGUCAGCGGUUUUUCACGGGGGUGGUGAGUGAGCAGGCGGAGAAGAGCGCGAGGGCGGCGCUGCAGAAUGCGAUGAAGGGGCGGGAUGGGUUGUGGAGCUUGAUGGGGGGGGAGAUGUAUGCGGAUUGUCUAGCACGCAAAGGCAACGAAUUCGACGCCAUGCGGCAGCGGCACGUGAAUGAAGAGAUGCGCAGCACGGUGCUGGCAAACCUGACGAGGCACCAGCAGACGCUCGGCGAGGAGCAGCAGCAGCAGCAGCAGCAGCGCGCGAGUGAUUUUGGGUGA